CAGAAGAGGAAGAAGAAGACGACGACCAACGCAGUGGCAGCAUCUCGCACUGAGUUGAAUGUGGCUCAUCCUCUCUGGUGUUGUGUCCGGCCUCAACUAGCUGUCGGAUGGUAUUUGUGGCAGCCCUAAGCAUAUAGAAACCAAACUGUGGCUUAUCUCUCCUGAAUAUAUAUAUAUAUAUUUUUUUUUGGUGUCGUUUGUGGUCGCUCGCUGGCGAGUGAGCAGAAACGGCGAAGGGCAGCGCUGUCCUCCUGUCACUGUGAACUCAGAAAAGUCAGUAACGAUGAGUAAAAACGAUAACAGCCGCGACCUGCCCGACUUGCCCCCACGUUUGCUCAACGAGGACGAGGCCCUGGCCAUAGAAAACGCCAUCAGGGCGGCCGUAAACACUGUGAUGAACGUGGUCCGCGGCGCGCGCGAGCGCCGAGUGCUGGAGUACCAGAGGAUGGUGGCCGACAGGGACGAGGAGAUCCGGCGGCUGGAGGGCAAGUUGGAGAAAAGUGAGAGGGAGUUAACGAUGCUGCGCCCGGAGGCGGGCAGGAGGCGGCAAAGUGACCAUGUGAAAAGCGAGCCCGAGGACAAACCCUGCGGUGUGGGCGCUGCAGCACUCGCACACCUUUCCCCGAAGUGCCGUGACACGGCGGAGGCCUUCCCCCACCAACGAGCCCAGACCGAGACGCCUCCGUGGGAAGCCGAAGGAGCCGCCACGAGCCACCAGCCCCUCGGAUGCGUCGCGCCCCUGGUCAAGGAGGAACCGUCCGACUCGGAGUCGGUCAUCAAGUGGGAAGUGUGCGAGGGGAGUCUGCUGGACCGGCGGGAGGCUCGGCGCGGAGCCGAAGAAAGACCUGCCCGGAGAGAUACGCAGGCUGAAUGUGAGGCAAAAGCUGCUAAUCCUCAGAUGAACAAGCUGAUGACAACAGAAGAGGAAGACAAAAAUGCUGGACAUCUAAAAAGGAAAGGGGGGGAAAGAAACGGCUGCCGCCUGUCUGAGAGUGAGGAAGAGGAGGUUGUUAUGAAGAAAUCUUGUGUGACUCAGCCAUCUGCACCUAAAAUAACUGCUCAGAAAGACAGUCUGCCAGAUAUCAGCUCACCACAGCCACAUAGGCAGAGCUCGGACGGCUCCGUAACUUCAAAAUUAAAUGCACAAGACUCGCUAGCAUGUCAGCGGCAGACAUACAUCGCCAUGACAGCCCCACAACCUACAUGUGACCCCAUACUUCUAGAGGUCCUCGUUUCACUGGAGACCAUCAAACAGCAAAACACCACAGUUCUUCAAAUACUGCAGUCAGGAAACUCAUCUGGAACGCUGCUCUGUGAACCUCCAGAAGUCGGGACACUUCCACUUCCACUCCAGUCGGUGCAGGACUUAAGGAGUUUGGAACAGAGGCUCUCCACUGAACCCGAGCUGAAGAAGAAAAUGAUCUCAUACCUCGGCCUGGCUGGAGGGAUGACGACCAAAGAGAGUGUCUGGAGGAUAAUGGCCAAGCUUUUUACCAACACUUUGGCCAAAAACAUUAACUGGAGGGGCAGAAAUAACAAGCAGAAGAUUGAGAACCUCACCAUCCAGAGAGUUAUCCUCAAUGCAGUCAGGCAGAAUUCAUUCUGCAAGGAUGCAGUGGAUGAGGAGAUAGAGAGAUACAUAAAGCGCUGGCUGCAGCUGGCGGGAGACAGAGAUGGAGGACGAAAAAGAAGGCAAGAAAAGGGCAAGGAGGCAAACAGCAUGCCCGAUUACAGUGUGGAUGAGAUGUUUACUAAUGUGAUGGAAUAGUAUAAAAUACAUCUGCAACACAUUUACUGUAUACACCAUACAACGAAUGUCCACAUGACUGAAUUCCCUUCUAUCAUCUCAUGUUUAACUGUCAAGUGAUCUGUAAUAAUAGUAUUAACACAGCAAACUAACAACUAACAAACAACUAACAAACAAAACUACCAAAACAGGUCAAUUGCCGGAUGUUGACGUGCACAAGGACACACACACACACACACACACACACACCUACACUGCACUACACUUCACUUCCCUUUAUCAAUUUUCACUCUUGUACUAGCAGGCAAUGACAGACACAAGCAAAACACUAACAUGUACAGUUCCUUUUCAACAUAUAAUAAAUUGUAAGUGCUGUGUUAUUACUAUUAUUACUGUCGUUUUCUCAAAUUCGUUAUUCAUUUCAUUUUUUACGUGAAUUUUCAAACAUAUUUUAAUAUCAGUUUAUAUUAUAUUUAUUUUUUACUCCAGAGUAUAUAUUAAGUGUAUUCAUUGUUAGGAAACCUUCUAAUUCCAAUUAACAAUUUUGCUCAUAUGGAUAUUUUAACAUUGUUAAAAGAAAACUUAAAGCAUGUUAUGUCUGUUUAAAUGAUGUAUGUGUGCAAUAUUCUCUUGCAGGAAAUGUAUUGCAGGGAGUUUAUUGUAAUAACUGUUAAAAUGGUGAUGCCAGUAAAA